CAUCGAUACACUUUCUAGUUUUUCUUGCUUAAAAAAUUUAGCAAAACAUUUAACUGAUCGCGUAAUUUUAUUCGUUUUGCGUUUCGUACGGGCAAUGAUGCUUAACCUAAAUAUGUUUGUGAUCUUGCUGGGUGCAUUGGUCUUCCUUCAUUAUGCUGAUAGUGAUAAGAAAAGUAAGAAAUAUUCACGCGAAGUCAACGAUCCACAGUUUGCUAAAGUCAUCGCGGAAUCUUACGAUGCAGAUUUCAGGGCUUUACAGAGGCCUUUUCGCAUGGCCAAAUUAAAUUUAGUAUGGACGAAAGCGCAAAAUCGGUUAACCGAACCUAAAUUAAAAUCUUUAUAUAUGGAAUUAAAAAUUCAUGACAAAGAAGAGAUUGCGUGGAAACAACUAGCAUCCCAGCAUAGGGAUAAAGACGGCAUCAAAGAAAAUGAAUUGAGGCGUAAAUUGAUUGGGAUUAUGAGCACUUAUGAUUUAUUAGAGCAUUUUGAGGAAACUGAGGAUAAAGAAAAGCUUAAACCAUAUCGGAAAUUUCAUGAUCCAGAAGAGCGUCAUUUGAAUAAAAGUUUAUUCAAAGACAAAAAACUGAACACUUUGUGGGAAAAAGCUGAAAUAUCUGGGUUUACUCCGGAAGAAUUAGAAUCAUUGAAACAAGAAUUUCAACACCAUCAAGAUAAAAUAAACAUCUUUUAUAGCCUUUUAGAAAGUUUAGGAUCGAAGGUCGAUAACAAACAUGAAAAUGCUAUAAAUGAAGAUGAAUUUGACGCUUUUAAUAUGAUUUCGAACGAUCCCAAUGGCGAAAACGAAAUUGAAACCCCCCAGAUGAGCCUAAAAAAAUAUGAAAACCAAAUUAACCAAGUUCGUGAUCAGCAUCGCGGUAUCGCGGAUCAUUACGAUCGUCUAGAACGCUUGAUAUCCACAGGUCCCCAUAGUCAAGAUUUUAUUGAACCGAAAGUACAAGGCCUUUGGAGGAUUGCACAAGCAAAUAAUUUCACUGACAAUGAAUUGUCGUCAAUUAAAAUUGAAUUGCACCAUUUCGAAGCUAGAUUAUUGAAAUUGCGUCAUUUACAUGCAGAGCAUGCUCUACAAAAGGAAAGAUAUAAGAAUGAAAAACAUCAAGAUAAAAGCCAGCGGUUUGAGGAUAUGGAAGAUAAUAUUAAGAAACAGACACGUAAAGUGGAAAAGAUACAAGAAUCAAUUGAGAAAUCAAUUUUCAAGCAUACUGAGCUUUAAAUUCAAAUAAUGGAAGAAAAUCU